AUUCCGUGCCAGUGUUGAAGCCGGCGUUUCUGAUGUGAUACAUGGAUUAUUAUUCCCAUCAUGCUAUCAAGAUAUAUGGCCGGGCCGAUCGGACAUUAAUCACACCGGGGGACCCGUCGUUCGAUGCGGAGCGUUGGCCGAGAAUUCCACCACGGCUUCGGUGCGGAGGCCGAAAUUGACUCUGCGAGCCUGCUCCCAUACAGUCUUCGCUUUGUGCACCCAAAGAAUUCAGCCCAAGGAAUUUUUUUCCCUGGCAGUAAUUGGUGCGCCCUAAAUCAUCUGAGUGUUUGACGCAGCCGGGUGCAAGGCAGUUUCACCCUUUAGAUUAAUGCCGGGCUGCCGUAUAUACCAGUAUAUAUAUAUAUUCGGUACGAUUGUGUGUCUGUUGACAUAUGUUCCAUUGGAGCAUCGCUGGGUUUAGAAGUAUCGACUAAAAAUGCAUCAACCGUUGCCAUUUCUGCACCCUUCAGACAACGCUACUCAUUGGACCGUUCAAAGCAUCAGAUGCACUUCUGAGAAGUGUGAAAACGUUCCUGCCCGUCGAUGACAGUGUGCCAACAGGACUCAACUGGCUGUGAUGACUGAGAGCAACUGUGCUGUCUGGCCUGCCCUUGGGAGAUCUCACACAAGGCCCUGGCAUUAAAAGUGGGUUUGCACAACCCCCGUUGUCCAGUUUUCUGCCGUCGAGGAGCACUGGUCAAACUUACACAUAGCUCUUGUGCUUCAGUGUCUAUGUUUCCACUGUUUAUUCAACAGGGUUUUUUUUUUGUCUGUCAGUUAGAGAGCUAGCUGCCACCGGGAAACCACUCCACAAAACACUUGAUUGGCUAAUCGUGCUGUAUCGCUCACGCUAUUCGUGGCCCGUCUCUCUCCAUCCAGAGUGUUGUGCGUGUGAUGGUUCCAUGUGGCGAAUACCUGCCAUCAAGCUAUCCAAAACUAUUUUGGUGUGUGAUCGGGCAUAACGCAGGCCAUCUGUAGUGGAAUUUAUCUUGAGUGUCACUGUGCAUUUGGACCAUCAGCUUCACCGGUCUCCAACCUCCUUCAUGCAAAUGAGCCCACACUUUUUUCCCCUGUUGGGAUUUGCUGUUUGUGUUAAUGGAAGCUCAAGAACCUGUGAUCAGAACUUUGAAGUUUUUCUUCCUUUUUCCUCACUUGUUAAUCACUUGUUUCCAGAGCUGCUUCUAUUGUAGCCAAAGUUGGCCAAUCUGCUGGCUUCAAAAAAUUGGAAUACCCGUAAACUAGCCAAAAUAAUUCUUUUCAAAAUGUUAUUUGAACUUGUAAUGACUUCAAACAUAUCCACUUUGGCAGAUUUAAAAAGUUGCAUUACAAAUUAUGCAAAAUCCUGCUUAACGAGUUAGCACAGUUAACAAAGGAAGGCAGAAUACCAACCAAAAGUAGUUGUAAAGAUACAUGUAAUACAUGGUAUAAGAUUCUAGCCGGUAACCCUGUUUGUUGCUGGCAUUUUAGUAUAUCUUUUCUAGCUGCUUAAAAGGUGUUUCUGGAUAUUUGAUUUAUUUAGCAGCAGUGGUUUAUAUUAAGCAGAAAAAUUAAGAAUACCAACUGAAGCAUUACCGAUGUAUUUACAUUUAUGCUAAGCAGAUGUGUGUGUUCUUACGUAAUCAGCUUUCUGAAAUUGGCCCCGUGUUGGGCAAUGGUGCAAUUUUCUGCUGCCUAAGCCGUCAUCAAGUUAACACAUUUUGGUGGCUUCAGAAGACUCCAGUUUGUGCUUGGGUAGGCAGUUGAUCAGGUUAACACAUUUGUCCCCCCUCUCUCUUUGGCCACAAAUGUCUCAACUUUAUACUUAUGUAGGCAGCUGAUUAAGUUAAAAGAUUUUUUUUGGGUGCAGUACAUCUCAGUUACGGCUACCCGAGACCCAUUCAUGAAUUGUUGGCAGACUUUGAUCCCCUUUUUCAUCUGUCAGGAGAGAACUAGCGAGUGCAGCGAAGAAUAUCGUGCGCAUCUCAGCGGAGCUUAAAACUCCUCGGCACCUGAUACAAGCCACGAGAAAUGUCGUCCGCCGUCUUCACAGCCGAUGGUGUAUGCAUUUCCACCUAGCAUUAUAAAUAAAUCUCAUCAGUUACAAUGUAACCGAAGUUGAACAGUUAUCAGCGGGGGAUGAGUGCGCAUUAGGACGGGAAUGAUUGGUCUUCCCUCUGAGGCCGGAGCCCAGAGUUCUUUUUAAAGGAAAACAAGACAGCCCUUUGUGGCUCAUUUUCACCCGAGUGUUUGCUCGUGGAACAUUCCAUAUCAACAAGAAUUGUAGCCGCCCACCCUUGUGGAGCAAGCAAAUGCUUCAUUGUCUAACGCGCCAUGAACUGAGCGGGACAAGGUUCAGUUCCCACCAGAGUCCCCAGUGGAUUUGAGCAUUGCCAAUUGGUGACAAUGGUCUGGACUUUUGUAACGGGAAAGCUCCAGGUUCAACUCCCGCUGGAGCAGCCAGUGAAACUGACUUUUUAACCCCCUCAGCCAACAGUGCUUGACUGACUCGUGGGGAAAGAAAGUAAAAACUUAAAAGAGAGAAAAAAGAUUGCUCCCAAAUCUGAGUCAUCCUGUCUGUGAGGAGCAACUGACAUGUGUGGCAAUUUUGCCAGUUUCAUUGUACGGUAAAAUUGUACCUGAUAACGUCAUAAAUCUUGGAUGCCAUUGGGAACAUUCACCUAGGCCAUCAGCCCAGUGCCGGUCAGGUCCACAAGUAUGGGAGGCAUUCCACAAUGACUGUAAACAUUGGCCAGCGAAGGAGAACUGUUUCUUGCCUUUUUUGGUGGCCCUCGUCCAAAUAUAUCGUCUUUGACAGUUGCGAGGGUCACCGUAGAUAAGGGUAUCUCUGGAAGAAGUUUCGGCAUUCUUGACAGAUGAGUGCAAGCUGGUUUGCUGACCCACAGCCACGGUUUUUUUGGGGGAAGGACGAGUUGAGUUUUCGUUUCCCUUGAAAAAUACCACAUUAGAUGGUGUCUUUUAAACUUGGAGAGAUAACAACCUCCAGAUGUAGAUGUGCACAAAAGAUUGCAACACGUCAAACAAUUCUCGGUAAUUUUUGGAGUGGGCGUGUUGGGUGUCAGGGAACCCGAUCCUGUUUCGCCGUGCACACGAGGAAAUUAUUGCCAUUUCGUGGAGGCUCGCUGUUUGUCAAACUCCAGGAAAUAUUUACACCAGGAGUACAAGAGAGAGAUGCCCGAAAAAAAAUGUGGUAACGUAAAAUGGCCGCUUGACAUUUGAGUCUGCCACGGCACUCGGCCAUGUAAUUUUUUGUGCAAAUGCCAUUUUGUGCGGAGGUACAUGUACAUUGACACUAAUUGAAUUGGAGGAGACCAAAGCCAAACAAACAAACACACGUACACAACUCGCUCUGCUUGCUGCGGGGGGAGAUGAAAGCUGAGCUCUUGGAUUUUGAAUACGAAGCAUGGUAGCCCCAAAGGUCAAAGGUGAAGCAACAAGAUGUCAAUCUGCACUUGUACUGCUGCCAGAAGUAGGGAAUUUGCAACUCUGACCAAGGAACUGAACCAAUCCAGGGAACAACUUUUAGAACGAGAGGAGGAAAUAGCCGAACUAAAAGCGGAGAGGAACAACACAAGGUUGCUACUGGAACAUCUUGAAUGCUUAGUCUCACGGCACGAGCGCUCCCUGAGGAUGACGGUCGUCAAGCGGCAGGCGUCCUCUCCAGCCGGCGUGUCCUCGGAGGUGGAGGUCCUCAAAGCCCUCAAGUCCCUGUUUGAACACCACAAGGCGCUGGACGAAAAGGUUCGGGAGCGGUUGCGGCUGGCCCUGGAACGGGUUUCUUCAUUGGAGGAGGAAUUGGAACGCUCCCAUCAGGAGAAUCUGGCCCUGAGGGAACAGAACUCCAUCCGAAACCAAAAUGGCGAGGUGCAGUCCCUCAGCUCAGUCAACCACGAAGAUGUGGCCAGCACCAACAGGAGAAAUUCAAAGAGGCUGUCCAAUGGUUCCAUCGACCCAGACGAUGAUGCGUCGCGGGUGCUGGAGCUGCAGGACACCUUGGAGCGGCAGAACCAGGAACUGAGUCAAUCCAAGGAUCGGGCCUCAGAGCUGAUGCUGCGGGUGGCCAGCCUGGAGGAGUCACUGGCCAAGACCCAGAAAGAGGUGCUGCGAGCGCAGGAGUCGGCCUCCAAGUUCCAGCGUGACGCCCGGGAGGCUAUGUGCCAAAAGGAGGAUAUGGAGGAGCGGAUAGCCACGCUGGAGAAGCGCUACCUGAACUCCCAGCGGGAAACUACCUCACUACACGAUCUCAACGACAAACUGGAGUCGGAGCUGGCCAAUAAAGAGACACUGCUCAGACAGACGGAGGACAAAAUGCGGCACUACCAGGAGAAGCUGGAGCUGUCGGAGCAGAAGCUGUCGCAGACACUACGGAAAGCUGAGGAACUACCCAACGUGGAGGCAGAGCUGGCGGAGAGAAUGGCGGCCCUGUCUCAGCAGGCGGAAGAGAGACAAGGCAGCGCCGAGGAGAAACUCCGACAACUACGAAGCGAGUUGGAGGAAUGCAAACAAGAAUUGGAGAGGGCGAGGGAAAGAGAACGGAUGAACGAGGAGCACAACAAACGUCUUUCCAGUACUGUGGAUAAAUUAUUAUCGGAGUCCAAUGAGCGACUGCAGCUGCACCUCAAGGAGAGGAUGGCAGCACUAGACGACAAGAAUGCUCUGACGCAUGAACUUGAGAAAGUCAAGAAGUUCAUGGACGAAAUGCAGCUGGAGAGCAAGAGAAACCGGGACGAGCUAGAGAGAUAUAAGGUGGAGCUCAAAAUAACUAAGGAGAGGUUGGCACAGCAAGGAGCUCAGGGUAGCACAAGCAGUAUUAGUGAAAUGGGCCCCAGCCAAGGGGUCCCAGACGUCGUCAUUGCCAAUGCCACGCAGUCCUCCGGCUCGCUAGAAGACGAGGAAUACGACAUGGCGGGAGUGGUCCGACGGCAACAACCUGGCCGAUUGCAGGCCCUCAAGUCAGACCCGACAAAGGUUAACACUCUAAAUGAGCAGGAGUGGGAGAAGGCAGAGCAGGCAAGCGUCCUGGCCAACAUCGCCCAGGCCUUCGAGAGCGACGAGGGGGCGGGCCACUCCGAGGAUGAGUCCGAGUCCAUCUUUGGGGCAGUGGACAUGCUGUCACCGCAAGGCCACACUGAUGCCCAGACUCUAGCCGCCAUGCUGCAAGAGCAGCUGGACGCUAUCAACAAUGAAAUCAGGCUGAUCCAAGAGGAGAAGUUCUCCACCGAGCAGCGGGCAGAGGAGAUUGAGCACCGCGUGGGCACAGGCAGCGUGGACAACUUUGACCUCUUCCAGUCUAGCACGGGCCGGAGCCGGUACUACUGGAGCGCCGAGCCCCGCAACCUGACCCGUUCUCUGCCUGGCAGCAUGGUCAUGCACACAACAACUGAGCACGAGAGGGUGUCGCCGCCGGGCAGCGAGGACUCCACGCCUCGCAUCGAGAGGCGGGGCAACGCAUCAGUGGACGCCCUUGGGAGCCAGUACAGCUACAGUCAACCGCAGAUUCCCUCCCUAGCGGGACUGGACGGGCCCAUCGAGGAGGGAGAGGGCAGUGGUGCGACGGCUCAGCGCAAAGGCGUAUACAGUCGCUCAAUGUCGCUGUCCGAGUCCCAGCUACACUAUUGGCAAAGAGGCAGAAAGCCUCUAAGGGGAACCGAGGAGGUAACAGAGGAGGAAAAGUCCCAGCAACCCAGGACCACCCCACUAUCACCACGAUCUCAGCAGCUAGAGAGGAUCGCUGCUGCCAUCACGGCCCAGGGCAAUGAACAGGAGCAGAGAAGGGGAUCCCUCGACAGUUCCCAUAGCACCCCAAGCCCCCAGUCCAGCAACAACAGCAGCCAGGAUUCGCUGCACAAGCAGCAGGCCAAACGGCCGGGGCUGAAGGGCUCACUAGGUAGGUUAUUUGGUGGCAAGAGAGGCGACAAGGCCAGCCCGCUGCGCAGGGGAAAGGAAGGCAAUUACAGCGAGAGCGAGAAAGCCCAAUACAUGGAUGACACAAGUUCCCAGGAUUCCUUGGUUGUCGGUGCCGGGGGACAGCAGCGUGAUUUUGACAGAAGGAAGAAAAAGAAGCACGAGCUCCUAGCAGAAGCCAUUAAGGCUGGUACGCCUUUUGCCCUGUGGAAUGGCCCCACAGUAGUGGCUUGGCUGGAGUUGUGGGUGGGCAUGCCGGCCUGGUACGUGGCGGCCUGCCGUGCCAAUGUCAAGAGUGGCGCCAUCAUGUCGGCACUGUCGGACACAGAGAUCCAGCGGGAGAUUGGCAUAAGCAACCCUCUGCAUCGGCUCAAGCUGCGGCUGGCUAUUCAGGAGAUGGUCAGCUUGACCAGCCCCUCUGCCCCGCCCACCUCCAGAACAACUCUAGCCUUCGGUGAGAUGAACCACGAGUGGAUCGGCAACGAGUGGCUACCUUGCAUCGGCCUGCCACAAUACCGCUCCACCUUCAUGGAGUGCUUGGUGGACGCUCGCAUGCUGGACCACCUCAACAAGAAGGACAUGAGGGGACAACUCAAGAUGGUGGACAAUUUCCACAGAACCAGCCUCCAGUACGGCAUCAUGUGCCUCAAAAAAGUCAACUACGACCGGAAUGAGCUCAAGCGGCGGAGAGAUCAAAGUGCUAACGAAAUCAAAGAUGUACUAGUAUGGAGCAACGACCGCGUCAUCAAGUGGAUCGUCUCCAUCGGUCUCAGGGAGUAUGCCAACAACCUGAUCGAGAGCGGGGUGCACGGGGCCCUGAUUGCGCUGGAUGAGGCGUUCGACCACCAAGCACUUGCCCUGGCCCUGCAGAUCCCGACGCAGAACACUCAAGCGCGACAGCUACUGGAGAGGGAGUACAACAACUUACUGGCGUUGGGGACCGAAAGAAGAAUGGAAGAGGACGUGGGAAGCAAGUUCAAGAGGGGUCCAUCCUGGCGAAGGAUGUUAAAGCUCAAAGACGGCACCUCGCCCAAGGGUAAGGAAGGGGCAGCCCCCGGGGCGACAUCUCAGGAUGCCACGGCCCCGGGGUCGCCAAUUCAGAGGUCAAAUGCAGCUCCUAAGCCUCAGGGGUCCACGACGGCCGAGGGGGACCGGCCCGCUGUGCAGACAUACUCCUGCUGACAGGAGUAGAGACAUCACAACUCACAUAUAAACCUCAGGUGGCAGUUAGCAUAUGUAAACACUAUUUGGGACCAACAGGGUGGUAUAUGCGCCACUGAAGACCAACCCUUCCCACAUUCCAGUGUGAUAAAAAAAAAUCUUCACUGCCAGAGGGACUGGUAGGAACCGGUCAUAGGCAGCCUUCACUCGUGCUGGCCAAGGCAUGCCAGGAGGGAUAAAGAUGUCUGGAAGCAUACCGGCACAGAACUGGUACGGACUGGUUCCAGCCAGCUGGAACUCGCAGUCAGGCCAAUGAUGCGUGGAUCAGGUCGACAGAAAAGUGCUGUUGGUCCAGGAGGAUGAGUUGGAGUUGCUUGCUCAUGAAAAUCGGCAGGUGCUUUGAAGUUGCCCCUUCUUGGAGUGCGCCCACAUCCGUUUACAGUGAUUUCAACCAAUUCAAGAGCAGUUGCUGUCUUACCAUCAUUAUUUACAGCCCAAAGAGCGAGGUUUUUCAUGUCUUGUAACAAUGCUGUUUUGGUUCAGACAGGCAGUAACCAGUAAAAGAUGACGUUAACAGGCUGAUAAAUUUUACGCAUCACCCUGAAAAUUUUAAAAAAAAAAUGGUCAGAGAAGCAGAGUCCAAAACAAAAUCUGCAGCUGAAUAACCCACACCAGAGCCGGUCGAGAUUGGAUCACGCCAAUUUUAGAACCACCCUGCCAUAACACUGUCAGUUAUAUUCCAAAGGAUACUUUUCGCAAACCAGUUUAGAAAAUUUCGCAUCUCAGAUCCAGACAAAACUGGUUUCACAGCCAAGUGAUGGAAGCAGUCAGCUGACUACCCCUCCACUGGUUCCAAUCGGUUCUGGCCAGUACACUCCAGCCAAGAUCCUCCAGUGUGAUGACACACAAAAAAGGCUUAGUGGCUUCUUGGUUCUCCUUAGGUGACACUUGCUUUUCAUACAUCACCUCAACAAAUACAGGAAUUUGUGGAACCGGUUGAAACUGGUCCAAUCUGGAUUUGACCAUCUCGAAGCCUUUGCUGCAGCGAAACCGUUGCAGGAGGUAUUGCCUAGAGAAUCUGCUGAAGGAACGAGCAUUGUGUCCCAGUAUCUUGCAGGAAACACCCGACUGGUAGUUCAAGCCCAAAGGAAUUACUUAUCGACCAGCUCAAACCAGUUGACAAAGACCAAAAAGCCUGAUUUGGCACCCAGCUUCGAAUUUCUCUUGAACUCUCUGUUUUCUCAUUCCAGCAUUUCCCUCGAUAUAUAGAAUUGUAUCGAAGACUGACCAGUCCAGUUCAGGCUCAACUGGUUCAAAGCAGUUCAGACUGGUCACUAUCUAGUUGUUGGUUAUUAAAUCCUUUCAGGCUGGAUUUGUAUCUUUAAGAUAUUAACUAGAUUUUUAGUAUUUAUUGCAAGUAUUGUUUCUUAGUAAUGGCAUUUAUUUCCACGGUGAUCCCACCAGAAGAUUUCUCACUCAUAUCUAUUUAUUUAUAUCAGCUAGAAAUAUCUUCAAAGAGAUUAGGAAAUAGGCUAGAUUUUUCCUUUUAAUUCCAGUCUCGAAUAAUAUUUUGAGAGUCAGUUUAAUACUCCAAAACAAUUUUCAGAUUGUAUUUUGAAAUCAAAAUUAAAGUCUGACACCUGACACUUGUUGCACUUAAAAUGUUCUUGUAUAGAGAUCAUCUGGUUUAGAUGGAAACACUUUCUUUUCCCACUGGGAUAGGCCUUGGUACACAAGCUAUUUCUCAACAGAAUUCCUUGACUGUGUCUGUGCACUCUGACAAGGAAGCAUGGGAAAUCCCGGCGAAGGAAGUUUCCCAUAAGGAAGGUCUUGGCUGUGCCUGUGUAUUCUUAAAGCACUGAAAACCUUGGGAAAGAGGUUUUCCCACGUGAAGUCAGAAGUCCCUGGUUGUGCCUGUGCAAUAUGACAAGGAGGCAAGGAAAAGAGGUUUUCCUUUGAGGAAGUUUUUGGCUGUGCCUGUGCAUUUUGACAAGGAAAGCCCGGGAACAUCAGGCAUUCCUACAAGGAAGUCCCUGGCUGUACUUGUGCAUUUCAUCCUUCAGAAGGGAAACUAUGGGCGGUGACUUUCCACAUGAACUCUGGAACAGCUGUUCCCACUGAGAUCACACUGACAACAAGGCUCAAUGUCACCGACUGUGGGCUUUGCACGGUUCCAAAACAAUGGUUCCAAAAAGAACAGGAACUUGCUUAAUCACCGCAGCGUCCAUUGCUGUAUAAAUGGGACAUUACAGUGGACUAUUACUUGGAAACCUAUUUAAUCACUUGAGAAGCUGCUUUAAUCAAGGUUCUGAAGGUUCUGCAAACAUGGCCUACUUGAUUCAAGAAUUAGAACAAAUAAUAGUAAUGUACUUUGAAAAGACAUCUCUACUUUGGAAAUGGAUUUCCCAAUUUCUUUUAUUUAUUCAGUUAAAUGAAGAAGUAAGAUACACUUGAUAAAGAUUGCUUUUUGUAAAUUAUAAAACUGUUUCUAAAUCUCAUUGUAAAAGAGAAGACAAACAAAAAUCUUUUUUUUACGAUGAAAACAAAAAUUUCUUCCUUUCUUGUAAAAAUGUAUAGAAUAUGAAUCGCUGAUCUGUUCUGUCAUGAAAUGGUUCUUGCAGUCGGAAAAAUCAAUUUCAAAGUAGACAGUUUCUUUAUUUUUAAAUUCUGAAUAUUUUUUUAAUUCAAAACUUGUUUGAAGCACACUUAGGUUCCAAAUAAUGUGGAACCUUGAAAUUAAUUUGUUCCCUGACAUAUUGGUUUUGGGUCAGAGACAAAGAGUUAUGACAUGAUGGCAUCGGUGGAUGAUGCCAUUUUGUUUCCAAAAUGGUAGGCUUUUGUGUUUAGGAUGCACUAACUUGUCAGAAAAUGGCGGUAAAUGUUGGGCACAUACAUGUAGGUACGCACACUUGUGACCCAGCCUACAACACUUGUCAGAAGUUGCUAGAGCCACUUUGGCAUUAAAAGCCUUGAAAAGAAUCUUGUACAAUAUUAAUCACUGGAAAAUCUCAACAUUUUUCACUCGCCUAAUCUCCAUUGUCAUCAGGAUGACAGGUCGAGUGAUACACCAAAAGAAAGAGCACACUUUGCUCUUUUUGAUCCACACUACUGUAAAAUUUCUGAGGAAUGGGGAGCUUAAGAUUCAGUUUGUGGGAUCCAGUCACAUAUGGACUUUGGAACCAAAAUGGAGUCUGAUCUGAAGAUGUUCCAGCUCUGCGGGUUUUUUUGGUCAUGGCCUUAAUUUGUUUAAUGUGUUUCAAAAUGUAAUGGCUGCUGCUGUUACUUUUGUAUUGCCUUGUACAUUCACUAUAAAACUAGUGUUUUUUGGUUUGUUUUUUUGGCUGGAAUUUAAAGGAGAACUUAUUACCCCAUGUGCAAACAAGUUCUAACACUUCUGUGAAAUUCUGUGCUUAUUAAUUUUUCAUAGUUUUAUGAAAAGCGAGGUUGUUCUUUAGUACAAGUGGACCGUGCACUACAAUGCCAAAAUAAAAUCUCAUAAUGCGCUCAGUAUUUCAUGUCAAGUUCCAGCUGGAACCAAACAGAGAACCAGUUCACAGUUCCUUGGACUUUCAGGAACCAUUUCAUUUGGAACAUUGUAUCUACGUGCCGCUGUGCACAGUACUUCAUAAUCCGUAUCUUCCGAAUUGGAUAGGACUUUGCCCUCUAUGACAUCAACAUGAUGAACGUUUGGAAGAAAUAUGUGAAGACAUCUGUUGUUUCCAUUUUGAACCAGAGAUCAUCGCUAUGGAUAUGAGAAAGCACAAACAUGUGUUGGCUAUGCAGCAAUAAUACACUGUACAGAGUUACAAAGAAAAAACAUAAAUAUCACUUAUAUAAAUCAUUGUUUAAAACUUAAGUUAUGUAUGCACUGUACAUAUGAAUACAUGUUCGUAUAUAGUCUGCGUCUUUUUUAAACAAAGAUAUUACUCAAAUAAGAUACCUGUUAUUAAGGCAUUCAUGGCAUCUCGAAAGAUGAAACACCUGUUUGUUAUAAUAGACGAUGGUAUACAUUGUGGGCUGUAAUUUUUGUUUUCCUUCUUUUGACAAGGCUAUAUGACUUGUAAAGAGUACUAGUACUAAGACUGUUAGAUUUAUUAGAUUAAACAAAACGAUUCACUACCAAGCAUGGGGAUUGGUUGAUUGUGUGAAGUCCACUUUACAUUCGCCCGUGUGGGGAAGAAAUAAAAUAACAAUUUGUAAUUUUUUUUCUCUUUAAAAAAUUGGGGGGGGGUCAAUUGAAAUUUUCUAGAGACAUUUUUUCAACUUCAAUUACAAUUUCCACAUAUCUAGCCUUGGAAAAAAUGUUGGAGAAUAAAGUUUCACAGUCCAAGUGUCUAUCCAAUUCUUCACCGUAUCACUGCAUUACAUUUUGGCUGGUAACCCAGACAAAAACUCCUCAUUAACUCGGAAGUUCAGUUUGCUUUAAAAGGGGGAUAUCCACUUUCGGUGUCAGCAACUUAAAACUUUGUGUACAUACAUGCAGUAUUGCCAAGUAAUGAAACCACAAAAUGCCUACAAGGUAGUGCAUAUUUUUGGAUGAGCCAAUACUCAAGUUAACCCUAACCCCCUAGGGUGUGUGCAAAAUCAUAUUAAAAUUGGAGGAUUCAGGACUGUUAGGGUUAAUCUAAGUCUGCUGAUUUGGGGACCAGGGCAUGAUUUCAAAUUUUGAAAUGAAAUUUCAUUUUAUUGCUUCAUUUGCACUCUCAACAUUAAAAAAAUGAAGAGUUAA